AUGUAUUGUGGGAAAACUAUUAAAGGUGGAGGGAUUAAUAGAAUGAAGCAACAUCUUGCAAAGAAGUCGGGUGAGGUUGGGCCAUGUAAAAAAUUUCCCCCAGAUAUUCAGUAUCAAAUGCAUGAGUCUUUGAAAGCAUUGGAUGAAAAGAAGAAGCAAAGUGCAGAAAAUUAUGAUGAAUUAAAUCCUUAUGGUCCAGGUGGUUUUCAAUUUGAGGGUGAUGAUGUUUACGUUAAUGUUGAUGAUGAGGCUGAUGGGGUUGUGGAAACAAUUCCUCGGAACAAUAAGGGCAGUUCAAUCAAUGAAGGAGCUGGAAGUGGGAAUAAGAGUAGAGCACCAAUGACACAUAAAGACAAGGGGAAGAAACAUGAACCAACAAAAAUCGGUGAUUAUUUUGCACCAAGGACCACUCCGAGUUCUCAACCAACUAUUAAAAGUGCCCUCCAAACUAAAGAAGCCAUACAUAGAGCACAUAUGAUUGUUGGCAAAUUCUUUUAUGAUACUUGUAUUCCAAUCAAUGCUGUGAACUCCAUUUAUUUUCAGCCCAUGUUUGAUGCCGCAAUUGCCAUUGGUCCAGGAUAUAAGGUCCCUACUUACCAUCAACUUCGAGUUCCUUUAUUGAGAGAUUCAAAAAAAGAGCUUCAAUUGUAUAUUGACACUUUGAAGAGUUCGUGGGUUACGUGUGGAUGUACUAUUAUGGGUGAUGGUUGGACUGAUGAUAGACAAAGAAAUCUAAUAAAUUUUCUUGUGUAUAGCCCUAUGGGAAUUGCUUUUGUGAAAUCAAUUGAUGCCUCUGAGGCUGUCAAAGAUGCUUCUCUUCUUUCUAAAUUGUUUCUAGAGGUUAUUGAGUGGGUGGGAGUGUCGAAUGUUGUUCAUAUGCUGACAGAUAAUGGAGCAAAUUAUAAAGCUGCUGGAGGACUUGUAAAUACAACUUACAAAUCUAUAAAUUGGUCUCCAUGUGCAGCUCAUUGCUUGAACUUAAUCUUAAGUGAAAUUUCCAAGAUGAAUCAUGUGCAUGAGCUUGCUAUUAAGGCAUCAACGAUGACAAGGUACAUAUACAACCGUUCAUGGUUGUUAGCUCGAUUGAGAAAGAAGAAGAGUUGGACUGAAAUUGUGCGCCCAGGAGCAAUGCGCUUUGCCACUACUUUCCUUGCAUUGCAUAGCAUUUAUGAGCAUAUGCAUGAUUUGCAAGCUUUGGUGACAAGUAAGGAGUUUGCAAGUUCAAGGUUUGCCAAAGAGAAGAAAGGAAAGGAUGCCAUUGAUAUCAUUUUAGAUAAACUAUUUUGGAAGGAUUGCUUCAUCACUGUUAAGAUUGUUGAGCCACUUAUGCGUCUUUUGCGUAUUGUUGAUGGAGAUGAGAAACCGUCCAUGGGAUAUGUUUAUGAAGGCAUGUAUAGGGCAAUCAAAGGUAUUAAAGAUAUUUUCAAGAGAAAUAUGAGGUUGUAUAGGCCUUACACAACAAUCAUUAAAACUCGUUGGGAUAAUCAAUUGCGGAAGAAUAUACAUGCAGCAGCUUAUUGGUUGAACCCAGCUUUUCAAUAUGAUCAAGCUUCAUUUUGCAAAAAGCCAGUGGUUAUGAAUAGUGUACUUGAUGUGAUUGAAACUAAAGCCACAUCAAGUAAAACGAAGCUUAUGAAUGAACUUAGAUUGUUUCAAGAUCGACAAGAUAGUUUUGGAAGAGAGCUUGCCAUUACUACAUCUAAGAAAACACAACCUGAUGAUGUUGAGGAUGAUAUGGAGGUAGAACUUCUUGGAGAUGAUAUCGACUUGGGAUCUUUUGGUGACGUGAACAUUGAUAAUAGAUCAAACAACCCGAGCACUAGUGCAAAUGCGAAUGAGAAUGAUGAUGAUGAUUGGCUAAAUUAUCGCCCUUAG